AACUCAGGGCUGGCUGUUGUGGGAACCAGUUUAAAACCGUUGACGUGAUGCCGCCAGCGAAUUAGUUGCAGCUAGUCGGCCAAACCUUAAACAUGUCUCAAAGCGAUCGUCGGAAUUGUGUUGUUGUGAUUUGCCUUUUGGCCACACUCUCCCUGGUGUAUGCCCAGGGCACUUGGGGCGGCGGCAACGCAGCCGGCGCUGGCGCCUGGUCCAAUUCACAGCCCGGCGGCGCAGCUGGAAUGCAUCCACCCGGCAGCCUCGGUGGCCAGGAUCCACAGAUAAGCUACGGCUAUGCGGGCGUCGAUUCCCGAGGCGGCGCCUACGGCGGAGCUGCCGGCAAUGGGGGAUACUAUGUGAGCGGCACCGACGAGCAUGGACGUCCCUUCUCCUACAACGGCGGCGUCGGAGCUGGCGGACAACCUUUGCCCGGACAGCCGGGCUAUCGCAACUAUGGAUACUAUAGCGGAGCUGGCGCUGUGGUCGCAUCUCUGAGCAUGGCUCUGGCCAUGGCUUUGCUUGCCUCCAGAUCGUAGAGUGCAUUCUCUAUAAGCAUCAACAAUCUUUAUAUUUUUUUUUUUUAGUGUUUAUAAGUUUAAUUUAUACAAAUGAGAUACCAAAUUUAUUGUGAGUUCUGCAGCAAUAAAAACUGAGUUUGUAUUAGGCCCUAAGCAAAUCGCAACUUGAUUUUAUUUGAGCUGCUGCAUCAUCAUUUUUUCUUUUUUUUAAUACGCAAUAGAAGC